UGGUACAGGUUAUAUAAGCCAUUCAGCAAAUUUGUAUACUCAACUUUAGAAGACGAUUCAUAUUUCAAUGGAACUUCAAAAACAAGGAAAAUCCAGAAGCAAGAUAUUGAAAUUCCUACCCAAAGCUGCCUCUGCGGUUUACUUUCAUGGCGCUGCUUACAGCCCUAAACACAAAGCUCAUGGCGGCCGGGGAGCGUUCUCCGGCCCGCUUAUUCCGGACGAAGCUCGGAGAAAGCCGAGGAACGUCGGAAGCAGUAGCUUCGGGAGCUUAGAUGAAGUCGAACCCACAUCGCCAAAAGUUUCGUGCAUGGGACAGAUUAAGCACAAGAAACAACAACACCAGCAAAUCAAGAAGACAAAACGCGCCGGUUUACCUCCUAGAGAUGAAUCAAAGCCAGCUUCGUGGUCUCCCCGGGAGAUAAAGAAGCACUCGUUUGCGUUUCGGAGGAUGUUUAGUAGUGUGAAUCCGAGUCGAAAAUCCGAUGCCGACAGCGAUGAGCAUAAGAACAAGGCGGCGGGGCUUCCGGAUAGAGCGCCGUCGUUGAGCCAGAUGCGGCGGUUUGCGAGCGGAAGAGGGCAGGCUUUUGCCAACUUCGAUUGGCAAGCGCCGCAGGCCAGGGUGGCACCACGUCACGAUGACGAUAACAACCGGAAUUAUCAUUCGGAUGAAGAUAGAGAAUAUGGUGAUCACGAAGAUCACGAGCGUGAGUAUACCGGAAUCGCUUUCUCGGCGCCGUUGACGGUCGGUGGGUCGCCGGGAGGUAACAUGGAGUUGCAGCCAAGGAAAGAGAUCAAUCUAUGGAAGAGAAGAACCAUGGCUCCGCCUAGUCCUCUACAAUUGAAGCCCAUGGUUAAAGCAAAUUGAUACAUCAUCAAUUUCUUGAUUCAAUUUUUCUUUUUAGGUACAGGAUUCUUCAUAUGGACUUGGGUUUUCCUUUUGGUUUCAAAUUCUUUAGGUGAUCAGGAUUUGGAUUAAGCAACUGUAAUUGGUGCGCAGCUUGAUGGGUUAUAUAUCUUCAUACAAGACACAAUGUAAUUAAAGAGAUUCACUUAGGGUUCUUCAUGAUUCACUGAA